GCCUAUAGACGCUGAAUCUGAAGAAUCUCAAUCGGCCGCGACAUUUUGGCGAUUUCUCCGCAGACGGACUGAUGGCACAUUACUUUUGCAUUGAAAAAAAAUGCUUUUUUUUUUGUCUCUUCACGCAGGCGCAUCUGAGCCUGAAUUCUUAUCCACGCCGCAACGCCAAAAGAACAGAGAAAUAGACAGACGGACACGAUCAAAAGAGUGACAAGGAAAAGAGAGAGAAAAAGAGUAAACAACCCCCCUCGAACCUUUCAGUUUUCCCUGUCUGUCUUCACUUCAUGUAUCUUUGUUUAGAGACCUUGCCUUGUUGGGGCAGGGGACUUGGGACGACAGAGAGGGGAGGGCGGAGUUGGUGAGCGUGCUCGGGAUCAGCGGGUGACCUCAGAGUCCUUUCUUCCUCUUGGAGGAGGAGGGCUGCGGCCUGAGCAGGAGACGGAGACAUGGGUAGCUUCGUUAAACUGGCGAGGAGGGCGGUGGAGACGGACGCGCCGGUCAUGGUCAAGAUACAAGAACUGCUUCGAGGGGCCAAGGAUGUCAUGUCGCUUGCGCAGGGAGUUGUUUACUGGCAACCUCCUGAGUCAGCAAUGGCUAAGGUCGAAAAAAUAAUUAGGGAACCAACGCUCAGUAAAUAUGGCUCUGAUGAUGGUCUUCCCGAGCUUCGAGAAGCACUUUUUGAAAAGUUACGCAGAGAGAAUAAGCUUACUAAGUCAUCAGUUAUGGUCACUGCUGGUGCAAAUCAAGCUUUUGUGAACUUGGUCCUCACUCUUUGUGAUGCCGGUGAUUCUGUUGUCAUGUUUGCACCAUAUUAUUUCAAUGCCUACAUGUCAUUCCAGAUGACAGGUGUUACUGACAUAUUAGUUGGUGGUUCUGAUCCCAAGACACUUCAUCCUGAUGUUGAUUGGUUGGAGAAGGUUCUGAAAGAAAAUGACCCUAUCCCUAAACUUGUUACCGUUGUGAAUCCGGGUAACCCCUCUGGAGCUUUUAUUCCCAGGCCUAUGCUUGAGAGGAUUUCAGAUCUGUGCAAAAACGCUGGUGCAUGGCUUGUGGUUGACAAUACCUAUGAAUACUUUAUGUAUGAUGGAAUGAAGCACUAUUGCUUAGAAGGCACUCAUAUUGUCAACCUCUUCUCAUUCUCAAAGGCUUAUGGAAUGAUGGGGUGGCGUGUAGGAUACAUCGCUUUUCCAAACGAAGUCGAUGGCUUCCACGACCAGCUCCUCAAAGUGCAGGACAACAUACCCAUCUGCGCCUCCAUCAUCGGGCAGCGCCUGGCGCUCUACUCGCUGGAGGCCGGCCCCGAGUGGAUCAAAGAAAGGGUGAGAGACCUGGUGAAAAACCGCGCGCUGCUCGUGGACGCGCUGUCCCCGCUCGGUGACGACAACGUCAGGGGCGGGCAGGGCGCCAUCUACCUGUGGGCGAAGCUCCCGGACACCUGCUCCGACGAUUUCGAGGUCGUCAGGUGGCUCGCGAACAGGCACGGCGUCGCCGUGAUCCCUGGCAGCGCCAGCGGAGGCCCCGGGCACAUCCGCAUCUCCUUCGGAGGGCUCAAGGAGGAAGACACCAGGCUGGCCGCUGAGAGGCUACGGCGCGGCUUGCAGGAACUGGUGGCUGAUGGAACGGUACAGUAACGGCUCCAUUGGUGUAGGUAAAAAGCACAGCAUUGUAGUUUUACACAACGACUCCGAUUUUCCAAUGGCAUAACUCCGCCGGGAUUGAUUCGAGAGAAGAACUGGACCUUGUUAUGAAGACUGCAUUGUUCGGACGAGAGCUGGGACAGAAUAAAAGGCAUCCGGUCUGCAGUCAUCUUUGUUAUAAAAUAUGAGUACUACAUAUUAUAAUCAGCAGUAAGUAUUUGUUUCUGUUUGGUUUUCAGUUAUCUAUAUUACUGAUGGCACCCAUUUGUACAGAAUCAAAAGCAUAAGCAAGAAAGUCCUGACGUACGGAGCUGCCUGUUAGGCCGUUUCCAACAGUGGACCUAAAGUUUACCUCAAAGCACUUUUUACAUUGUUCUGCAUUGUACUGUUUAUAGAGUGGAAUUUGAAUAUAAGUACAAGGAUAAAUAAACUGCUCGACCUCUUGGUCUCUUCUUUA